AACACGUAAACCUCAAACUCAUGCACUGUUUCACUGUUAUUGGAAUUCUAAAAGCUUAAAAAAUUCAUUGAAAAUCGUUCUCUGAAUUACACAGUUCUAUCCCAUCUGUAGAAUUUUUAAUAAAAUCAUUUGCGAAACCCUUUGGAACAGAGGGUAAUAACUAUCCCUUACCCUAGCGAAAGAUAAGGAUAAUCUUCAGGCGGUUAAUUGACGGUGUGCGGGAAACCAGGCUGUGAUUAACCGCAGAAUAUAGUCGGCCGACCGGCGAGAUUUUCCCGGCAAAGGAUAUCACAUUAAAAUCAUAUUUGAAAAAACCCCUAAAAACUCCAUAGAUUUAUGGACUGAAAGAAAGAUAUACAUAUAGUUACAAGAUUAUUGGUAUAAUUUUAAUUUUAAGUGGUUAAGGGAAAAACAUAUUUUGCAAGAUUGGCAGACUCUGAGGAAAAAAAGGAAAAUAUAAGCAGACUCUGAGGCGGAGAAGUAAAUAGAAAGUUUCGAGCUGUUUUGCAGGAGUGUUUUGACUUUUAUGAGCUUCUUUUGUGGAGACUGUGCUGAUGGCUGAUGGAAGUGUAAGUGCUGAUUUUAUGAAUAUGUCUGAUUCUGCCCACAAUGGAACAAAGAUGGAAAUCGAUGGGUUUCCGUCAAAUACCCUAGUCAGAGUCACAGUUGAAGAAAGCAUUGAAACAAAAGAGUGGGUAUUGCCUUCAAACACUGCCUCUGGAUCUGUCGACCAAGUAAUAGGUGUGCAGCCUGUUGCUGGUGUUACAAAUUUUUAUCGUGAAGAGAAUACAGUUUUGACUGAGAAUGCAAGUGCACCUGUGCAGCAAGAUGAGUUGUCCCAAGAUGACAUGUUCAGUUUUGACGAAUUAUCAGCUGUUGACAGCCAGGCAGAACAACAGGUUAUGGAUACAGCUAUGCGCAGUGCUGAUGUUGCAACAUCAUUGUCAGGACAUGGUUAUGAACCAUAUCUUAGUAGUGGUGAAAUAGAUGGUACAAUGCCUGUUUCGGGUGAAAGGUCUGAAAUGGGCCCGCAUGAAACAGAAGUACAAGAUAUUUCCUUGAAAUUUAUAGGUGGAUCUGUUGAUUUGGUUGGUCAGCAGACAAAUGGACAUUUGUGUGACAAGGGAAAGGGAGAAGAUCUUGAGGGUACAGCACCAUUAAAUAAAUCCAGUGUUGACAUUGAGACAAAUAAUGGGCCUUCUUUGAUUGAAGAAGAUGCCUUUCCUGGGCAAGAGUUGAUUGGAACCUCUACUUUGGAAGGACCCACACAUGAAAAUCUGCAGUUUGAAGAUGCUGUGAAGACUGAUGUGCAUUUAACUAAGGGAUCAGGGGAAAUUAAUGAUCAGCAAACAAAUGAAGUUUUUGAGAAAGCACAUACUUUAACAGAGAAUCAUCUGCAGACUGAAUCCAUGACAAAUGAUGCAUAUCAGCUAAAUGAGGCUCAUGAGGAAGUAAAUCUUUCUACUGGGAUGACCUCACAGAAUGAAUCGGUUAAAUAUGAUACUGACCAGCUAACAAGUGAGCUGCCUGCAGUGGUAGUUACUUCAACUGAGGAGUCUCUAAGGUCAUCUGUUGCAACAGAUGAUUCAAAUGACGAAAACAAACAGCCAAAACAUUUUACUAAUAAUGCAAUUAUAAAUUCAAGUGAGUGUUGUAGUGAAGACUUACCUAAAGAAGUUGAAUGCCAAUCUUAUCUAAAGCAAUCACAAAUGACAAGACUGAAUGAACAAAUGAGUGUGUCUGAUGAGAAAUAUCUUGAAACGUCAGCAAUGAAAACAGAAGAGGACACUCAUCUUGAACAAUCAGAAAUAGUAGUCAAAAAUGACAAAGAGGGAUCCCGGUUCACACAAGAGAUUGAAAUGCCAUUGAUGAAAGAAGAGGAAGUUUUUAAUAAAAUGCAGCCUGAAAAGAUCCCAGAUGCUAUGCAAACUGCACUAGGAAAUGAUCUACAGUCAAAAAGUGAGGAUAUCAAUCAAAUUCCUACUUUCAAAAAGAUUGAGUCCCAGGAAAGGCAAGUGUGUUUGUCUGAUUCUUCUGCAGGAACCAAUGAACCAUCAGCAAAUGUGACACAGAAAGAAAAAAGUUUGCCGGAUAUGCUGAAACAGACAGUAAUUACCAAAGAAGAUAUUGUUUCUGUGGAUGCUAAUCCUCUACAAGAAGAAGAACAAUCAAAAAAUGUACAGCAGAUAGGAAAUGUUGUAGAGAAUAUGUCCAGUCACAUGCCGAUCUUUCAUGGAACCAUCGAGUCGCAUGUGGAGCAUAUUGAAGAUAGAGAUCGUCAUUACUACUGCACUUUGCAGGAAGAACAAAGACAGUUGGAAUUGCUUAAAGGUCGGAAGGUUGCAAAGAGAUUUGGGAAGAGAAAGUAUAUGGGUGAAGUUAUUGGAUAUGAUCCUGCAUCAAAGUGGUUUAAGGUUUUAUAUGAAGAUGGGGACGAGGAGGAGCUAGAAAAGCAUGAAGUUGAUGCUAUUCUAAUAUUGCAUGGGGAAGAGGCAUCUGUUUCUCGUAAAAGACAAUUAUCUCCAACUAGUAUGGAUCAUGAGGAAUCCAACAGGUCUGAAAGGAAGUCCAGAAAGGUCGAUGGAGAUGGAGCUCCAGGGAGACAAAGGAAAACAAAAACAUUGAAAGACGAGACUCCUGGUCCCCAUCAAUUGUCAAAUACGAAGAAGCGAAAGUCUAGUGCAGCUAAAUCUAGGGGUAAGAGCAAGAGUCCCAAGACAACUAUGCGUAAGGGCCGGAAAGGAACUGGUAAGUCAACAUCAACCAAAAAAUCUGUUGGAAAGAAGACUACUGCAAAGAAAUCACAAUCCAGUCAGAUUAAGGGGCAGCAAAAAAGUGAUGUAAAAGAGAAAUCAUCAAAGAAUGAAGGCAAACAAGAUUCAGCCAAUCAGCAUGUGGAUGAUGUGACGAGAAAACUGAAAUAUGGUUCAACAAAGAAGAAAACACCUACAAAGGCAAAACAAAAAGCCAAGGAGAUAACUAAGAAAGGUAAGGAAGCAGAGACGCCUCAAGAUUUAAUGACUACUAAGCCAGAAGUCGAUGCACCUGGUCGCAAACGGAAAGCAGUUACUGAGCUUCAGAGUGGCUCAUCUACAGUGAGCACCAAGCGCACAAAGAGGUCUAAGGUUGUGAAUGAUUUGGAAUCUCCACCUGAGAAGAAAACACAGUCGAUAAUGAUUUCAGAAGAUACUUCUCAACUUCCGUCACAAGCUGAGGAGGAUAAGGCUCAGACCGCCAUCCCACCAUCCACUGGGAAGAAAGGGGGAAGGGGAACUGACUUGGUAGGGAGGAAAGUCAAAAAAGAUUUUGGAAGAAAACUCUACGGGGGAGAAGUUGUAGGGUAUAAAGUGUUUUACAAGGUUAAGUAUGAGGAUGGAGACAGUGAAGACCUUACUUGGAAAGAGUUAGAAUCUAUAUUACUCCCUGAAGAGGAGCAGCAUCAAGGGACCAAACAUAGUUCUGCCAGGUCAAAGGGAAAGAAAAAAAACUAGGGGCUGUUUAAAUCCAUGUUUUGUAGGCAAAUUUAUGCAUCUGCCGAAAUAUUUGGCAGGAAGAGCUAUUAUUGAGAGCGAUCCGUGGUUGUAGUUGUCAAUAAACAUUUUGUGCUUUGUAAAUUUGGUAGUAUCUUUUUUUAUGGGAUUUGAUGGGGAAACAUGUGAACAAGUUUGCUUGAUCUUUCCCAAGGAGGUACAAGACCUUAAAUGCUUCGAAUCAAAUGAAAGUCUAAUGGUUGUAUUAAGGUUCGACGCAAUGCCUGCUGUCUAUGAGCAUUAUAUGCUGUUCCGUUGUGUUGGUCAGAUGACAUGUAUAUGCUAUUUUAUGGCUUUUUGAGGAAGGAAUGCCAUCAAUGGCAGUGACCUGUUGCGGAAUAUAAUAUAGUGUGGUUUAGGAACUUCAUCGGGGUUUUCCAUAGGCAGUGGUGCUGCCUUGUAUCUUUUUGUUCAUUUACAAACUAAUAUCUCCAUUGCCUACUGUAAUCAAUGUGGCCUCAAGCAGUAUUCUGAAUUUUCAGUUUUAAAGACA